CUAAAAUGUCUGUGUUAUUUCAAACAGUUAUUAAUACAGGAAGACUGUGUUCAUACAGAAAUUUUAAAAAAUCUGUGUCCUCGUGCAGAUGUUUAGCCAUAAGAAAACUCUCAGAUGUCCCGCGAAAGUUUAUUAACUUUGAAGAGGUUGUGGCGGCACGAAGAGCUGAGGCACGGCGUAGUAUUGUAGUGCAAGUGAACUCAGAGGCGUCCUUUAGCGAACUCCAUACUUACUGCUCGAAAUAUGCAGAUGUCAAGGGAAUUCAUCACUAUCGGAACUCUAGUGGAGAGCACUUCAUGCUUAUUGAAUUUAGUACAGAAGACAAUCUCAAAGAUGUACUACGAAGUUGUAGCUCACACCAAAAAGACAUUGACGUCAUGUCCGUCCAGUCCCCAUUCCUCUGGUUCCGUGCCGCUCCUGGUAAAAAGGAGAAGACAGGACCGUGUCUUAGUUCUCUCAAUACAAAGGACGGAAGCUCGGAUCUCAGUGAAGAUGUGUUGUUUCAAGAGUUGAUGAGUGCACAAACAGUGUCUGAUCAGAUCCAGCUUUUGUAUGAUAGGACUAUAUUGAAUGACCUUGGUGUUCGGUUACGAUUUAUAGUGGCUAGAGAGCUAGAAGUGAUGUUAAAAAGCUUGUAUGCAAACAUAGAGGUUCAUCCUUUUGGCUCGUCCGUAAAUGGGUUUGGCCGGAUGGGGUGUGACUUGGACCUAGUACUUACUAAUACGCUCACUGCUGAUAUGACGGAUCCAUCGAAGCGUCUAGUGUACCAAGAGAAGCGUAGCGAAUCUCGUCCGUCGCGGCAGCUGGAGUUGUUGGCGGAGCUGCUGGACUCGCGCGCGGUGGGCGUGGGGCGCGUGCAGCGCAUCCUCCACGCGCGCGUCCCCAUCGUCAAGUUCGCGCACCACAUCACCGAUGUGGACUGCGACCUGUGCUACAGCAACAUGUCCGGCGUGUACAUGUCGGAACUGCUGCACCUCCUGGGCUCACUAGACCCUCGCGUGCGGCCGCUGACGCUGGCGGUGCGGCGCUGGGCGGCGGCGGCGGGGCUCACGGCCGCGACGCCGGGCCGCUGGAUCACCAACUUCCCGCUCACGCUGCUCGUGCUGCACUUCCUGCAGCGCGCCGGGGUGCUGCCGAGUGUCAAGCUGCUGGUCAGCAAGGCUGAGAAACAAGACAUCCGGAUAGCGGAAGACAACCUGAACUGCACAUUCCUCCGAGAUGCUAACAAGCUGUCUCCCGCCAGCUACUCCCAAAACGACUCGUCCUUGGAAUCGUUGCUGCUCCAGUUCUUCGAGUUCUACGCGCAGUUCGACUUUGCGGACAAAGCUAUUUCGUUAAACGAGGGCGCCGCCGUCAGAAAACCUAACGCGCUGCCGCUGUUCAUAGUGAAUCCUUUGGAACAGGCCCUAAAUGUGAGCAGAAACGUGAGUUACGAAGAAUGCGAGCGCCUGAAGCUGGAAGUGCGCAACGCGGCCUGGCAGCUGGAGGCGGCGCUGGAGGGCGGGCGCGGCGCGGACUGGGGCCUGCUCGGCCUGCUCGAGCACAAGGCCGCCAGGGGCCUCAGGAAACUGCUCCGCGUCGGCAACUCGCAGAGACUGGUCUCCGUCAAAGACUUGUUCGCCGACGAAGAGGACAAUCGACCCGUCAAUAAUGAUAUCAAAGAUAAGCUGGACAGACUGGCGCGGAAGGAGAAGGAUAAGAGUAAAGUGAAGUUUAAGAACGGUCAGGUCGCCAGUGAAGUGUAUAGGAUACGGCGGGAUAAGCUGUUAUGAGAGUUCGAUGAUUGGCUUUGAAAUGUUGACUUCGUGUUGGCUUUUGAGUUCGUUAAGUUGGCGCGUUAAUAAAUAAGGACCCUACUGCAUUGGAGAUACACAUUUUAAGAAAAACAUGUAUAAAGUUUUUAGUAUAAAAAAAAGGAAAAUAUAAGAGGGAUGACGACUAUAUAAAAAACAUGGCAUUCUGUUUAGUCCGUUAGUUAGAUCGUCCAAAAAUACUGAACACAUAUUUUUCGCUUUUUA